GAAAAUUUGAUCAUGGGAAUAUCCGAAUAUCGUAUAUUUCUCAAAACCAAUCGAUAUUCUUUCUCUCAUCUUCUUGUUAAUUAUAUGUCUAACCAUGAUUGUGAUUGGGAUUUGUUUUGGUCUGUAUCGUCAUCAUCCGACGACGAUGAAAGUAUGUUUGUAUAUGGUCAUAUGGACGUGUAUGCGGUGGUUAUAAAAUGGUCAAGGUUAACUGUCUUUAUCUCCCUCCUAAUCCUUACCACUUAG